UUUUUUUUUUUUUUCAUAUUCAUACUCGUCAAUUUUCAGUGAGCGAGCUGCUUUUGCACAACCUCCAUUCAAUCAUAACGGUCCAAUUUUAGUCUAGCAGUGUCGUCUCAGAGUCUCUUAUUUCCAUUAUGGAGAAGCCAAAGCCACCACAAACGCAUAGUAAACGCGGAUUUCAACCCUACGUUCCGGUCCAUCGUCGACGUGCAGCAAAUACUGAGACUUCCGAAAAAGUUCAGGCUCCAACCAGUCCGUGCACCCCCGAGAGAAAAGUCGAGAUUGCCGAUGCCCAGAACGGUGGAGUGAAAAGGCGUGGACGAGGACAAUUUCGAGCUCCUAUCCAUGUACGAUCGCCGUCUCCACAGAAUAAGUUGCCAAAGCAACCUUUGACAGGGGAUAACGAUGAGUCCACUCCAACUUCCACCCCAGCAAUGGCAGCUGUUUCACCCAUAUCAACAUCCCGAUCCCCAUCAACAGCAACACCACCAGCAUUAGAAACGCCAGCAUCUGCUUCGAUUCCGGUCCAAAACCAAAAAGUUUCUAGUGAGGCAAAGGUCGAACCUCCUCAAAAGCUGGAAACAAAGCCAUCUAAUUCUUCAGAUAAGGAUUUGAAAGAGCUAACCUCUUCCUUGGACAAGCUGACGACGGCUGAAAAAGAUCGUUCCAACUCUGAAGGCGACGAAGAUAGCGAAAAAGAGGAAUGGGAGGAACUACUAAGCGACGAUGUCGAGGAAAAUCUGACAGAAGAAACGCCUGCAGCGUCAACGUCGCCAAGUAGGGAACCUGAUAUUGAAAUUUCAGGUGACAGAACAACCGUACUGGACUGCCGCGAUUUCCCCGCUUCAUUUCGAACCCAUCAUUUGCAUGACAUUUUUCGCCCAUACGAAGAUAUGCGAGGCGGUUAUCGUAUCAAAUGGAUGGAUGAUACCCGAGCAUUAGUUAUUUUUGCUCACCCGGCUACAGCCAAACGUGCAUAUAUCGAUAAUUUUUCAAAUCCACUGGCAAAAAUUCGACCUUAUGAAGGCCCCACGGACGGAUUAAGAGUGGAUCGAGGUCCUGUGCCGCCACGACCAGCCACCACUGAUAUGGUUGCGAGACGUCUCGUUCAUGGCGCGCUGGGCGUGCGAUCGCCUUCAAAGUCGGCCGAUCAGCGAGCAGCAGAAAGGGAACUAUUGAAAGCAGCACGCGACGCGAGGGUGGCUGAAAAACAAGAAGCGGCACGACGGGCACAAGCGAUCGCUGAUGCGUUCAAUGAGUGAUCAUUUAGGGGGGCAAAAAGAUGUCCAACCGUAACUUGGUUUCACUGGGACCUUCCCUCUCUUUACUGCCGAAACCUGAAAAAAAACGCCACUUGAGUCUCUGGCUUUUUCCUCCUGUUUUUUAUUCACCGUCUUAUCAAGAGCGGCCCUCGAGCCAUCUCUUCCAAAACAAUGAAACACUCACCAGGAACUUUGCUCGUUUACUUUUUUUUUUGUUCCUCGUCCUCAUCAUAAUCACAUCUUCUUUUUACUUGUAUUAUUGUGUCCCAAAUGAUAGUGGAUACACAAACAAUUACAGGUAGAACGUUCAAUUCAAAUGUCUCCUGUUAUUUUCAGGCUUUUACUUUGAAUUUUAGGAUAAUGCAUGGUUGAAAAGAGUUGUAUGCAUAGACAGUUUGCUGCAAACACAAAAUACACAUAAAUUCGCUUAUGCACGCGAUAUUGAAACCAGACCUUCUGCUACAUCUUUUACACAGUGAAUCAUAGGCC